GCCGACCAUGCAGUUCGAGGACGCAGACGAGGACGCUCUCGCCUCGCCGCAGCCGCCCCUCGCAGCGGGCCAGCUUCCGCCCACUGCCGCGCCCGCCCUCGCCUCCUCGCGAGCCGGCGCCACUUUCGUCGACGACGAGGCCAUGCCCGACGACGACGAGGCGGAGGAUGACUACGGCGAGUACGAAGACGACGAGGACGAGUGGGACGGCGAUGCUGGGCUCGACGAGGGCUUGCUCGCCGUCAUGGACCAGGACUGGGCCGACGCAGCUGGAGAUUUCACCAAGCGCUACAACCGCAUGAAGCAGCAGGUGCUCGUCUCGCACGGCCAGGGCUCCUCGGGCGCGACUAAGGCCGACGGCUCGUCCUCCUCGUCGUCCACCAACGCCAGCUCUCGCCCGUCGGGCUCGGUCCUCCCUGCCACCAACCGCGCGCGGCGAGCUCCCGUCGCCUCGUCCUCGCGCACGAACGCGGGCGCCGGCGGCCCGUCCAAGGCCGACAAGGAGGCGGGCGUCCACCUCGACAAGGUGACGGACCAGCUCGCGCACUACUCGCGGUUCGCGUCGCGCAUCGACCUCGACCCGCUGUGGCAGGCGCCGACGAGCGGCACGGCGACGCGCAAAGGCGGCUCGGAAAAGGUCCUCGUCAAGGACAAGAGCGACCGCGCGACCAACGAGCAGGUGCUCGACCCGCGCACUCGCCUCAUCCUGUUCAAGAUGCUCGGCCGAGGGUUGAUCGAACGCAUCGACGGGUGCGUGUCGACGGGCAAGGAGGCCAACGUGUACCACGCCGUCGGCCCGCCGGCAGAGGGCGCCGAGGUGCCUCAACUCGUCGACGUCGACUCGUCGGCGGCGCCUCCCGCCGCCGCCGAUGACGAGCCUGAGCCUUCCCGUACCACUGCCGUUCGGUUUGCGCCCGACACCGCCGCCGACGACUCGACGUCGGCGCCGCUCGUCGACCCGUCGUCCCAGGUCAAGCACAUCGCGCUCAAGAUCUUCAAGACGUCGAUCCUCGUCUUCAAGGACCGCGACCGCUACGUGACGGGCGAGUUCCGGUUCAAGGGCGGCUACGCGCGCUCCAACCCGCGCAAGAUGGUGCGCCUGUGGGCCGAGAAGGAGUUGCGCAACCUGCGCCGCAUGCGCUCGGCGGGCCUCAGGGUCCCCGAGGCCAUCGAGGUGCGCGAGAACGUCCUCGUCAUGGACUUCCUCGGCCAAGGCGGUGCAGACGAGUGGCAAGCUUCGCCGAGGCUCAAGGACGCCCAGAUCCCGCCCGAGCAGAACCACGCCCUCUACAUCGAGAUCCUUGUCAUCCUGCGCGCCAUCUUCUAUCGGUGCCGCCUCGUGCACGCCGACUUUUCCGAGUACAACAUCCUCUACCACCAGGGCCACCUGUGGGUCAUCGACGUCUCGCAGUCGAUCGAGCACGAGCACCCGGCCGCGUUCGACUUCUUGCGGUCCGACCUCAAGAACGCCGACGACUUUUUCCGCAAGCGCGGCGUCGACACGCUCGGCCUCACGCGCACGUUUGCGUUCGUCACGCGCGACGAGUCGCUCGCCGCGUCGGGCUCGGCCGCCGACGAGACGGACGCCGACGCGGCGCGCGAGGUCGAGCGCCUGCUCGGGCUCGCGGCCGACGAUGCGGCGCGCGAGGAGCGCGAGCAGGCACAGGCGCAGGCGCGCGGCGAGGAGGAGCAGCAGCGCCCGACGGCGAGCGACGAGGCCGUCUUUGCCCAGGCGUACAUCCCGAGGACGCUCGACCAGGUGUACGACGCCGAGCGCGACGUAGAAAAGGUGCUGAGGGGCGAGGGCAAAGGGCUCAUCUACGCCGACAUUACGGGCGUCGCCAACAUCCAUCUCGGCGGCGGCGGCGGCGGCAAGAAGGGCGACGAGGAGGAGGAGCAGGACGUGGGCGAGGUGGUGCCGGCGCCGGCGGCCAAGGUCAAGGGCGGGCGAGCGGCGGCGGGCGAGGAGGAGGGAGGGGAGGGGCUCGAGCGCUCGGGCGACGAGAGCGAGGGGUCCGAGGACGGGCCGUCGGACGAUGAUGAGGACGGCUCGGGCGACGACGAGGACCAGGAGCGGCGGCCUCGAGGCAAGAAGCACGAGGACAAGGACGACAAGAAGAAGCGCAAGCAGGAGACCAAGGAGAAGGCGCGCGAGAAGCGCGCGACCAAGAUGAAGAAGUCGGAGAAGGCGAGGCGGAUGAAGAAGUCGAGCGGCAAGCGGUGAGGGCGGCGACGGCUCGGCGCAGCGCUCCUCUUCCCUCUCUCUCCUCUCCUUCUCUAUCUCUAUCUCUAGAUCUCGGGCAUCUCGUGCGGGUCUCUCUCGGUCCUUGUUGUGUACACCUCCUUGCAAAGCACCUCGAGCUCA